ACGGUCCAAGCGGCACCGCAGCAUCCAUAACAGCGAUUUCGCCGUGCAGCAGCAUGCGGAGAGAGGGAUCCUCUCGGAUGCUUUCUUCCCACCGCAGACGGUGAAGGGGCUUCGGAGGAGGAGGAGGAGGAGGAGGAGCAGCACCACUUUGGGAUGUAAGAGAGAUUUGUUGGAUUUUAAAUCACCCCGUCGUUGUGAACUUGUGCGUCCGGGAUGGGGAAGGACCAGGAGCUGCUGGAAGCCGCCCGCACGGGGAAUGUCGCCCUGGUGGAGAAAUUGCUGAGUGGGAAGAAGGGGAUUCUGGGCUCGGGGUCCGGCUCCAUCCCUCUGCCCAACCUGCUCAGCAUGUGGAAAGGCCUGAACGUCAACUGCACAGACAGCACAGGAUACACACCUUUACAUCACGCUUCACUUAACGGACACAGGGACGUGGUCCUGAAGCUGCUGCAGUUCGAGGCGUCCGCCGACCAGGCCGACAGCAAGGGCUGCUUCCCGCUGCACCUGGCCGCCUGGCGCGGCGACGUGGACAUCGUCCGCAUCCUCCUCCGCCACGGGUCAUCCCACUGCCGGGUCAACCAGCAGAACCACGAGCGGGAGACGGCGCUCCACUGUGCGGCCCAGUACGGACACUCGGAGGUGGUCUCCGUGCUGCUGCAGGAGCUGACCGACCCGACCAUGAGGAACAGCCAGCAGGAGACCCCCCUGGACCUGGCGGCGCUGUACGGACGCCUGGAGGUGGUGCGCAUGCUGGUGAGCGCUCACCCCAACCUCAUGACCAGCCACACCCGCCGGCACACGCCGCUGCACCUGGCCGCGCGCAACGGGCACCGCAGCGCCGUGCAGACGCUGCUGGAGGCCGGCAUGGACGUCAACUGCGUGACGGAGAACGGCAGCGCCCUCCACGAGGCGGCUCUCUGUGGGAAGACGGAUGUAGUUCGCCUCCUGCUCGACUCAGAGAUCGACACUAAUCUCCGAGACAGCCAGGGGAGAACAGCCCUGGAGAUCCUGAGGGAGCAUCCCGCCCCGAAAUCCCAGCAGAUCACUGCUCUCAUCCAAGAAUACACCAUGGACCAGAUGGAGGGGGGGAGCAUCUUUGAGGAGCCCGUCCGGAAGUGUCCCGUCCCUGCACCCAGAACCUCCGUUCCCUCGCCCUCGGCGUCCCCCUCCCUCAGGCACAAGAACGACGCUGUGACGAGCGAGCUGUCCAAACUGCUCCACGAGAUCAAGAAGUGCCGGGACAGGGACUACUCCUUCGAGGAGCUCUGUCACACCAUCUCCUCCCACUCCGUGGACAGCUUCGGCAGCGGGCGGCUCUCGGACGAGGAUCGACCCAACGGCACCCUGACCCGAGUCAAGCGUCCGAGCCCCCCUCUCGCUGUGGCCCUGGAGGAGGAGGAGGCGGAAAAGAGCUGCGGCCCCACUGGAUUCUGGGAGGCGCUCACACCCUGCAACGGCUGUCGCAACCUGGGCUUUUCAGGCCUAUCGCAGGAUUCAAAGCGCUCGGCGGAGAUCGCGGCCUCUCCGUCUCUGGACGUUUUCCUGCCGGCGGACGAGGACGACCACUACGAGUCCGUGACCGCCGCCGUCACGCGGAAGCCCUGCUCGCUAGAUAUCAAUCACCGGCUCAACGCCAGUCCACGCCACGGUGCCCUGUCCUGUGUGACUGUGAGUAAGGGGGAGCCCGGUAACCAUGGCGACUGUUCGACGGGACCCACUCCAGACUGCUCCCCCCCGUCCCCCGACACGGCCCUGAAGAACAUUGAGAGAGUCAUCCGCCCACAGCCCAAGCAGCGCACCUCGCUGUCCUCGUCCCUGGACGUCCAGAGGCCGGUCAACCACAGCUGCGAGCCCAGCGAGGUGAGCUCCUCCCUGGGCUACGCCAGCUUCAGCACCAGCCCCCCCGCCAGCCCGCCGCUCAGCCCCAACCAGGAGGACUCGGCGGGCUCCGACGACGACGGCGGCGGCGACUGUCCGCUCACGGACGACGGGCCGUACCAGCGAGACCCCCCCCCCCCUCCUCCUCAUCCUCCUGCUCCUCCUUCUCUCUGCUCUUCCUCCACACCCAGCGCUCUGUUGGAGGAGCGCAGGAAGAGCCACAUCCCAGAGGAGUUUGCGGGCCUCCUGCAUGGAUCCUCCCCGGCGUGCGAGACGCCCGACACCCCCUUCCACCUCUACAGCCCCAAGCCCCGGAAGCACGGCGGCCUGCUGCCGAGCCCGGACAUCGGCGACAUCGUGAAGGCGAAGCCUUCCCAGAAGCCGCAGGUGGUGUACCGGACCAUCUUCCACACUCGGGUCAACCAGGAACAGGCCCGACCCGCGGACUCCUCCUCCUCCUCCACCUUCUCCUGCUCCUCUGGUCAGAACGGGGGCGUUCCAGAGUGCAUCCAGGCGGGCGGCGGUUCGGGCGGUGCUGGCUGCGACGAGCGGGCCUGCACCCUGGGGAGGAUGAGGUCCAUCCCCCGCAGCGUGCUGGACCUGCAGCGGUCCAAGUCUCUGUCCAAGUCCGAUUCCAACCUGGUGGCCGUAUCUCCCGUACAGGAGGAGCACGGCUGGGGGUCCGGGUCUCGUGGCCAGGGGCCCGGAAGUCUCAGCCCAGGGGAGGGCUCCGGCCCGGGGGGACCACUGGAGAGAACACCCUCCUUCACGGCUGAGUGGGAAGAGAUCGACAAGAUCAUGAGCUCCAUUGGUGCAGGAAUAGGAAGCGGGUUGGACAUCAAGGAGGACACCUCAGGUCCCCGCUGCCCCAUGCAGUCCGUGGGCCAGUGGCUCGACUCCAUCGGUCUGGUCCAGUACGAGAACCACCUGCUGGCCAAUGGAUUUGACAACGUCCAGUUCAUGGGCAGCAAUGUGGUGGAAGACCAGGACCUUCUGGAGAUCGGGAUCCUCAACUCGGCCCACAGACAGCGGCUCCUGCAGGCCAUACGGCUGCUGCCCAGGGUGAGACCCGUCGGCUACGACGGAAACAACCCCACGUCGGUGGCGGAGUGGCUGGAGUCGCUGGAGCUCGGCGACUACACAAAGUCCUUCCUCGUCAACGGCUACACCUCCAUGGAGCUCGUCAAGAAGAUCUGGGAGAUCGAGCUCGUUAACGUGUUGAAGAUCAGUCUCAUCGGACACAGAAAGCGGAUCCUUGCCUCUUUGGGGGACCGGCUACUCGAAGAAACCCCACAAAAGCCUCCGCGGGCCAUCUCGCUCCGGGAGCCCGGCGGGAACCACACGCCCCCCCAGCUCAGCCCGUCGGUGGGCCAGGCGGCGUACACGGCGGGGGUCCCCGGCGGAUCUCUGGACGUGCAGCACCUCAUCAUGCAGGCGGACGCCCGGCGCAGGCAGCGCAGCAACGACAACUACUUCGAGGACGUGCCGCGAUCCAAGCUGGAACGGCAGAUGGCCCAAGUCGGCAUGGGGGGCGAUUGGUGCGAGCCGAUCACGUUGCGUCCGCCCAACGAGGCCACCUCGUCCACCCCGGUGCAGUACUGGCAGCAUCACCCCGAGAAGCUCAUCUUCCAGUCCUGUGACUACGAAGCCUACUACCUGGGCUCCAUGCUGGUGAAGGAGCUGAGGGGGACGGAGUCCACGCAGGACGCCUGCGCCAAAAUGAGGAAGUCGACCGAACAGAUGAAGAAAGUGCCGACCAUCGUCCUCUCCGUGUCGUACAAAGGGGUGAAGUUCAUCGACGCCACCAACAAGAACAUCAUAGCAGAACAUGAGAUCCGCAACAUCUCGUGCGCGGCUCAGGAUCCAGAAGACCUGUCUACGUUUGCCUACAUCACCAAAGACCUCAAGUCCAGUCACCACUACUGCCACGUCUUCACCGCUUUCGAUGUGAACCUGGCGUACGAGAUCAUCCUGACCCUGGGCCAGGCCUUCGAGGUGGCCUACCAGCUGGCCCUGCAGGCCCGGAAGAGCGGCCACGGGUCGUCCACGCUGCCCGAGAGCUUCGACAGCAAGCCCAGCAAACCCGUCCCCAAGCCUCGGGUCAACAUCCGCAAAUCCGUCAUGUCCCCCGUCAGCCACUGGUCACUGGGCCACAUUUACACCCCUCACCGGCCUCCUCUCCACCCUCCUCCCCCUCGACUCUUCCAUCUUCCUCACAAAGCUCAGUCACAGAUGGAGCAGCCGUCCAUGGACCAGAAGGGCCACGCAAAUGUGCCCUGGAUUGUGGAGCCGGGUCAGGAGGCCAAGAGAGGAGUCAACACCAAGGCAAUGCCGGACGCUCAUGUCUAUUACUGUGGAAUGCAAAGAAUGUAGCCAGCCCUAAACACGGACCUUGUCACACGUGCAAUGCAAAAAACGGAUUACAAAAAGGACUACAAAAACACGGACGUUGCUCCGCGCCGUUUAAGGUUGACUACGACAUUCUGACAUUGUGCGUCCGGGUUAAAAGCGCCGGACAUUCACAACGCAGUAACGGGACCGCGUCUCGCCAGACGACGCUCUGCUCUGAAUGUACGCUUAUAUGAAAAGCGACUCAAUGUUCUCCAACUACGACGGAAUCUUUUUUUUUUUGUUUAAAGAGCCUAACUUGGAGGCGUGGCCUGAGAACUUUUGGGCGUGGCCACAGCGACCCCCCCCCCCACGUGGAGGCAGUGAGUAUUUGGGCACCGCUGGGCAUGCGUCACUGAUGGAACGGGCAUGGGGUUUGAGGACGACCGGCUGCCUCUUUUUGGCCUCUUUGGUUUUCUUCAAAGAAUAUAAUGCAGAGAUACUGUAUAUGCACAGGUGUGUAAAAUGUGAUUGGACCCUGCGUCACGCUGGAGAUGCAACAGGUAUCUCGUCACGGAUUAUAAACCCACGCGAACAAAACGGCGCCUGGCGUUUAAAAAAAAGAAAACAAUUAAAAAAAAAAAAAAAAAAGUAUUCUAUUGGUAUUGCCCGACAUUUUAAUGUUUAAUAUGAGAGUAUUAUAUUACCACGAUGAUUAUGAUUAUUCUUGUGCAAUUCUUGUCUACUGUUGUCUUAAUGUUACAUUAUUUUUCUAUGAUAUGAUGAGAGGUGAUGGCCGUCCUUUCAAGGAGCUCAAAACUAUAUGAUCGUACUGAGUGAAUGUCGCAGGUGGCUAGCUAACUCGUGUCAGGUCAAACAGCAUCGUUUCUCAUGGGGCUCUACUCUUAUCUAGCAGAUGUAAUAUUUUAAACGCAGUAUUACUGUAUCAUUUGGACGAGACGUCGUCCGAUUAUAAAAUGUACAUAGAUAUUUUGCCAACUCAUUGUUCAUACGUGUAAUGUAAAAGAGAAAUGGAUUUGCAGUACACGGCACUGGAUACAAGGUACCAAAAUAAAGGUUGGAGAUUCAAAGAAGUGGUGCAUUGCAGAGGUUGUGCUUUGAGUGAAGGUGGGUUACACGGCGACAUCACUGCUGAACAACUUGUGUACAUAGGCUUGGGCUUCCAGCACACUGAUUUUUGUAAUUUGGGCCAUUAUUUAUAUCCUUGUAAAGCACAUGGAAUAAAAUAUGACUUGUAAAACCA